CCUCUCAUCGAACCAUUUCCCUCUUCCACGGUUUCAACUUUCUCUUUCACACACAGCCCACGCCCGAGAGUGACGAGGAGGAAGGAGCCGUCCAGUGAUGCACACAGAAAUUCCACCGGCCUCCACGCGUCGCCGUGAGUCACGUCCCCAGCCCGGCCGGGGCCCGCCUCAUUUGGCCUUGGCCGCUCCCGGGAGAGCGCACGGCCGGUGGGCCUGCGGGGCGGGAGGAAGAUGACAGACGGUGAGUUCGGGUACACACUGUCGCUGGCCCAGGACUAUGUGAGGCACGUCCUGCAGAUCCCGCAGCCCGGCCCGGCCGCCAGCAGAGUGUCCCGGGUCCUGCGGGACGUGGCCUCCUCUGUGCAGGGGGAGGUGGAAAAGAACUUGAAACCAUGCUUGGACAGCUUUGACGUGGGGUCCAUCGACACUGCCAGAACCAUCUUCAAUCAAGUCAUGGAAAAGGAAUUUGAAGAUGGCAUCAUUAACUGGGGAAGGAUUGUGACCGUAUUUGCCUUUGAAGGCAUUCUCUCCAAGAAGCUCCUCCGGGAGCGAACUUCCCCGGACGUGGAUGCUUCUAGGGUUUCUUACUUUGUGGCAGAGUUCAUCACGACAAACAUGAGGGAGUGGAUAAGACAGAACGGAGGCUGGGAGGACGGCUUUGUAAAGAAGUUCGAGCCCAAGUCUGGCUGGCUGACCUUUCUGGAAGUUACAGGAAAGAUCUGUGAAAUGUUCUCUCUCCUGAAGCAAUACUACUGACCAGCCCACAGGGACACUCCCCGUUGUGAAACCCACCCCGUUUCCUUGACUUCUACAAAAAGCGUUGCCAACACUUACUUCUAUUUCUAAAUAAACAAAUUUGGUUAUGUAACUUGACGUUUCCAUGUGAUGGAAAUUUUGUUCUCGUUUUAGUGAAUAAAUUGUGUAUUUGCUUCAGUG